ACCGAUGACACAAAUAGUGUGCGCCGGAGUUGACAAGCGUCUGUAGGUGCCAGUCACAGAGAUGCCAAUAUAACUGUAGUCGUAUUUUCUCCGUUGAAGAUGAUCAAAAAUCUAUGAUUUUUCUUUCGCCUGAUAUCAGCGCUCACCUUUAACAUACGUAACCUAAGGGAAAUCAGAUAUAAAAACAGGGUGUACACAGAUGAUUGUGUAGUGUCAUAAUCAGUGUCAAAAUUAUUAAGAAUUCAUGACAAAAACCAGGUGGACGAAAAAUGUGGAUUGUUUACCCUUUCAGUCUGUAUUUUAAUACAAGGAUUUUCGAUUAAAAUAAGUCGAUGUCGAGAGCCAGCGUCGCCCUGGAGGACGAGGAGAAGCAGAGAUGCCCUGCUGGGGCCGAUCCACCCAGCUUACCAGAGAGAUUGAAUUUGGAACCAUCCGUCAGCGCUAUGGAGACAAGCCCCUCUCCUUCUAGCAACGGAACAACCCUCCUGUCGUUGCCAUGGGAGAUAGUUACCCAGAUAGCCUCGCAUCUCCCAGCACAGUGUGUCAUUAAUGUGCUGCCGCAGGUAUGCCAGACAUUGGGAAAGCUUGGCGAGGAUCGCUUGGCGUGGCAGCUUCGGGCUCAAAAACUCUCGGGUCCCGCAGCAUCUUUCCCAGUCGGGCCAAAGGAGGAUUUUGAUUGGUCCAAGGCAUGCUUGGAAAUGGAGCAGCUGAUUGGCUGCUGGACAGGGCAUGAGAAUCAGGCAGAGAGACAGGAAGAGGCAGCUGGUGGGGUGAACAGUGAGAACUUGGUAGAGAUGCAGCUGGAUGCCGAUUUAAACGGUGCAGCGGAAGCAGGAGAAGAGAACGUGCAAGUUCAAUCCCAGAAUACCUCGGAUAGUCCCCAUCUGAUUGAGUCAUCCAGCACUUCUUCACCCUUGGAGCACAUCAUCCUUCCCUCUGGCCACAUUGCAGAUGUGAAUUGUGUCCUCCUUCUGGGUGGAGAAGAGGCGCUGUGUGCCUCCGGCUCUCGGGACAGAAACGUGAACCUGUGGGACCUUCGAGAGAGUCCCAGAGGCAAGCUGAUGCACACUCUAGCGGGACGCGGGACCAUUAGUACCCACCGGGGCUGGGUGUGGUGCCUGGCCUCCAGCGGACCUCUGCUGGCGUCUGGCUCGUUUGACAGCACCGUCAGGCUCUGGGAUCUUGAAGCCGGAGGAGCAGAACGGGGACUCAUCCAGUGCAAAGCUGCUGUAUUAUGUCUGUCCUGCGAGCGGGACAUGGUGCUGGCCGGGUCACAUGAUCAGAAAUUAAGCAUCUUUGACACCCGAGCUGCAGAUCCAUUGGUCAAGAGUCUUCGUCUUCACAGUGAUGCUGUGUUGUGCCUGGCGUCUGAUGACCAGUACAUCUUAUCAGGCAGUAAAGACCAAACCGUCGCUCUGUUCGACCGCAGGGCGGGAAAACUCCUGCAGAAAGUUCAGCUGAGGUCGUACCUGCUGUCUCUGUCCUACAGCGGGCGAGAGGUGUGGGCCGGGGAUAACCGUGGACUCGUGCACACCUUGUCCAUGCACAACAGCUCCCUGACGCACGUAUCCCAGUUUAACGUCCACAGGUCACUGGUCACCGGCGUUCACUACUCUCCUGGUGCUCUGUACACGUGCUCCUCUGACCGCACUAUCAAGGUCCACCUUCCAUGUGCUCCACCCAAGACACUGUGCACCCUUCACCAUCAGGCAGGAGUAAACGGGUUAAGUAUUAAAGGAGGAACACUGGCCAUGGCUUCUGGUGACAUGAAUGUGGAAGUUUGGCGGCACAGAUGCUAAGAGUCUAAAAGCAUCUGAUAGCAGGGAACAACAAGAACAAAUCAGUUCCUCAACUCUGCGUUUCCAGGAAGUUAUCAAUGCAUUAUGCUUUAAUUGGUUUCAUUUUAAUUUAAAAAUGAAUGUUUUAGGUGUCUGAUACAUGUUUCUAGUGAUUCUAGAAACAAAAAUAUGACAUUCCUAGUCAUUCUUCAUGAAGGGGUCGCACUACGACUGCACAGACAGAGUGCAAAACAUUUCAGUGCCUCUUAACACAGGAACACCUUUUGAGAUUUGUGUGAUCUUCUCUUGAACAUUUCAACAAAAUUGAUGCUAGUAAUAUACUUAGUCUGAAAAUACAGUGAAUUCUAAAACACAUGCAGUAUAAUACAAACAAAUAUCAAAAUAUAUCUCGGUUUUCAGUAAUUAACUCCCUAUAUAGUGCACUAACUUGGAAAUCAGUUAUUAAAGUUCAAUUUGUUUUUGUAUACUUCAGUGUACUUACACAAGUAUAC